AACAGCACACGCAUCUGAUCCGACACAUUCACGCAGAGACUGACGCGGCGCACGGAGAGCCGGACGGACGCUCACUGCGCUAAACCAGCAGCGAACGCGCUUCAUUCGUGGAUUUAACCGGAUUCCUUUUGCUUUUCUCCUUGGAGUUUCCUCUGGAUGUUACGCUCGUGGUCAUGCGCUGAUUUUUGGCCUCGUUCUGGACAUAUUGAUGGAUGUUUGGCACAUGGACUGAUGGAUUUGACAUUAUGGGAGUCUGUCUGUAGGGUGUCAGAUGAACGUUGCAUCCUUGUUGUUUGGAGUUGCUGAUCGGCACUUAUGGAUCGCCACGGUCAGCGCGGAGGGAGCGUCAGACUUCCGGACGUCCCGUCUGGAGCCGUCCUGUCCCUGGACCAGAUCAAAGCCAUCCGCUCUUGCAACGAGUACACGGAGGGCCCAGCCGUAGCACGCAGACCGGCCCCGGGGCCACCUCGCACCCCUCCACGCAACUUGGACAAGCAGGAGAGGACUCACGAAGUAAUCCUUGUGAACGUGAAUAACAACUACGAGCACCGAACGGGCCGUCCUCCGGCGCUCAGCAGAUCCACGAGCACCGGCAGCGCCGCCAGCUCCGGGAGCAACAGCAGCGGCGGAUCGGAGCAAGGCCUGCUGGCGCGGUCGCCACCACAUUAUCGCAAUCGCACCAUACGGACUCAGCCGAAAUCUCUGAACGCAUCCUCGCAUCCAUUUCUGCCACCGGAUGUGCCGCUUAAACAGUCGCAGACGGAAAUACUGGACUCGCCGCAUUUAUACAUCUGCGAAAGCUGCGGGAAAUGCAAGUGCGCCGAAUGCACGGCGCCGCGUCCACUUCCGGCACGCCUCGCGUGCAACGGACAAUGCCUGUGCUCGGCCGAAAACGUGGUGGAGCACGGAACGUGCAUGUGUUUAGUCAAAGGGAUUUUCUAUCAUUGCUCAAAUGACGACGAUGAUACGGGCGACCCGGGCGCCGACCGGCCGUGUUCGCUGUCGCAUCCGCAGUGCUGCUCGCGCUUCCUGUGCAUGGGACUCAUGUCGGCGCUCUUCCCGUGCCUGCUGUGCUACCUGCCCGCUAAGGGUUGCGUGAAAGCGUGCAACUCGUGCCACGAUCGCGUAAAGCGGCCCGGAUGCCGCUGCAAGAACUCCAACACCGUUUACUGCAAGCUGCAGAACUGGAACCAGACGCCCGGACACACGCCGGGAAAACCGUCCUGAGAACAUAUUUCGUUAGCUGAAAAAAGCUGAUUUUGCUGCUGCAGGAUGCGGAAAUUGCAAAUAAGGGAGGGGCUAUGUUAAAGAGCGCCUGUUAGGCCCCGCCCCUCGAACCACUCGUUUCGAACCGGUGUUUGCCUUACCUGACUGUGUACAGCUACUAUCUAACACGACGCGAUGGUGCUUUGGAAACGCUUCUCCUACCAAACCUGUGAAGGACUUCUUCGUAAUAUGUAGCUGUUCCCGGAUCUGCAGGCGCGGUCGUUCUGAAACUGUCCGUUCGUUCUCAUGUAAAGUUGUACGUUCAGAUGCGCAAGAGGAAUUUACGGCUAUUUUUAAAAGGAAAUGUUAAAACUGUUAAAUCUUUUUUUUUUUCGUUGUUGUCGUUGAUGUUGUAAAAAAUAUUUAUUAUGUGAAGCUCUAUUAUUUUAUGAUAUUUAUUGCAAAGGACAGAUUUACUCAUGUCUGAAUAUAACAAAAUAUCAACACUUACUGCAACAUGAAAGAAUGGAGAAACAGAUGGAAACAUGUUAACUUUAAUGCAAAAAUAUACAAAUUAAUGCAAAACGCUCUUGUGUGGUGUCUCAUUUCCUGUGCUGUGAUUUCAAACAGCUGAGAGUUUAUUUAGGAUUUGCAAAAGUUGAUGAAGAAGUGUGUUUCUGUAGGACAAAAUCAGAUGUGCAACCCUCACUGCAGCUUGGGUGUGUGUGUGUUUGGG